AUGGUUUUCGAACAAUUUGUAGCUGAUUUUCCUCUUCACAAUCCCUCAUACAGCCGCAGCUAUGUGGACAUGUUAACCACCGAGCUGCGCCUGAAGCGACUCAACAAACGCCAAAUGGAUAGCGCCAUUAUGUUUGAUCGCCUCAAGGUUAUCAUCGAUCAAAUGGAGGAAGCCUAUUGUCCAUCCAGCUGUAAUCAAGUCAAGGAUCCUGCCUUUAUUGCCGAUCACAAUUAUGCCUAUUCGAAUUCUUCCUCGGGUAUUACCACAUCCACCUCAUCGUCCAGCACCUCCCCACCACCCUUCGCAGAACAACGUUUCAAUGGGUGUUCUUCCAAUGAACCAAGUGCCAAGAGAAAAAUCAUCGAUGAUGAUUACGAAGAAUUCUCUGCCGAAGAUGAUACAAAUUCUCCCAAAAAUUAUCACAUGGAUAUGGAUGCAGCACAGUAUCCCCAACAAAUGGGCGAUAUGGUAAUACUUGGACCCAAUGGCACCACCGUAGAUGCACGUUCCUACAGCAGCAUUAUAUGGGCCUCAUCGGCCUCUGCCACCCGCCAGCUAUUAAGCUUUGUCUUUAGCAGUGAUAUUUUGGCCACUCACACCCUAACCGGCAAACCAUCCCCAGCCUUCUAUGGCCGUGAGCGGCCAGCCAAAAUGCAAUUGGAUCCCAUCAAGGCAGCGGAUAUCAUUCAUUGUGUCAAAUCGAAAUUCAAUUGCAGUGAACGUGAAAUUCGUGCUGCCAUCACCACAAAAUGUUCGGAUACCUCCAAGAAAUACAAACGGCGUUCACAAAAAUUACAAAUGGACUCGGUUGCUUAA